AUGGUGACAACUUUCAAGAUUGCCGUGCUGGGUGCUCAAGGGGUCGGGAAGAGUGCCAUUGUCCACCAGUUCCUGUACAACGAGUUCAGCGAGGUCUGUGUCCCCACCAAGGCCCGCCGUGUCUACCUACCUGCCGUGGUCAUGAAUGGCCAUGUUCACGACCUACAGAUCAUGGACUUCCCGCCCAUCGGCUCUUUCCCUGUAAAUACCCUGCAGGAGUGGGCGGACGUGUGCUGCCGAGGCCUCCGGAGUGUUCAUGCCUACAUCUUGGUCUAUGACAUCUGUUGUUUUGACAGCUUUGAGUAUGUCAAAACUAUUAGGCAGCAGAUCCUAGAAACAAGAGUCAUUGGAACCUCAGAUACUCCCAUCAUCAUUGUUGGAAACAAGCGGGACCUCCAGAAAGGCCGGGUCAUCCCCCGCUGGAAUGUCUCCAACCUGGUGAAGAAGACAUGGAAGUGUGGUUACAUUGAGUGCUCAGCCAAAUACAACUGGCAUAUCCUCUUGCUCUUCAGUGAACUUCUGAAGAGUGUGGGCUGCGCACGAUGUAAGCACGUUCACACUGCCAUCCGCUUCCAGGGGGCCCUGCGGAGGAACCGAUGCACCAUUAUGUGA